AUGAGUCUUCCAACAACUGCACGCGGAUGGUCCGUCCAGGCCAUCGACAAGGACAGCUUCGAUGGACUCAAUUUUCAAGAGAGCAUACCUCUCCAGCCGCUCGGAGACUACGACGUGCUUGUCAAAAUCGAAGCAGUCUCUCUCAACUAUCGAGACUUGGCUAUCCCGAGGGGCCGGUACCCGUUUCCCAUGAAUCUACCUGUUGUUCCCGGGUCCGACGCCGCUGGCAUCGUCCUCGCGGCCGGGCCAAGGGUAACCAAGAUUGCAAAAGGAGAUAGAGUCUGCACUCUGUUCAACGAGCUUCACCAAGCGAACCCAAUCACGCCCGAAGCGGUCGAAAGCGGACUUGGAGGUGCAGUAGAUGGCACCCUGCGCACCUACGGCGUAUUCAAAGAGCAAGGCCUUGUCCGGGCUCCAGCCUCCCUCAACGCCGUCGAGGCCAGCACCCUCACCUGUGCUCCAUUGACAGCAUGGAAUGCCCUCUAUGGUCUGCAGUCCAAGGCCUUGAAAACAGGGGACUGGGUUUUGGCCCAAGGCACAGGCGGCGUCAGUCUUGCCGCCAUCCAAUUCGCCGCCGCAGCGGGAGCCACGGUGGUCGCUACGACCUCAUCAAAUGACAAGAUCGAGUUCCUGAAGAAACUCGGUGCUUCGCACGUCAUCAACUACAGGGAAGCUUCCAACUGGGGCGAGGUAGCCAGGGAUUUGACACCCGCGCGCGCUGGGUUCGAUCACAUUUUGGAGAUUGGCGGCCCAGGGACCAUUGCGCAGUCACUAAAGGCCAUCAAGUUGGAGGGUGUAAUCACCAUCAUUGGUUUCCUCAGUCCUUCUGAUAAUCAGCCGCCAUUGAUGGAGGUGCUCAAUCGCCUUUGCACUGUCCGGGGCAUCUUUGUCGGCUCGAGGCAGCAAUUCGAGGAGAUGAAUCGGGCUAUUGAAUCGGCAAAGAUUCACCCCGUGGUAGACCCCAAUAUCUUCACGCUUGAUGACUUGAAGAAGGCAUACCAGUAUCAGUGGGAGGGAAAGCAUCUCGGAAAGCUGGUGGUGAGAGUCGCCAGCUAG